AUGACAGAAUCAUUCAAUACUGUAGCUCAAAAUUUAGAAUACUUUAUUGAUACUCUUGAUUUUGUCACUCUUGAAUCAGAUAGAGAUUUCCAAUAUGAAGAUACUAUAGAAGAGGAGUUUGAAAAAAUUAAUCAGUCAAAUGAAGAAAGUGAAGAAAUUAAUGAAAAUGACUGA